AUGAAAUUUUCUGCGUAUUUAUGGUGGCUGUUUUUGAAUCUAGCGUUGGUGAAAGGCACUUCAUUGCUAUCCAACGUUACAUUAGCGGAAGAUUCUUUCUGGGAGCAUUUUCAGGCUUACACUAAUACAAAGCAUUUAAACCAAGAGUGGAUCACAAGUGAAGCCGUCAACAAUGAAGGCUCUAAAAUAUAUGGUGCACAAUGGCGACUAUCACAGGGUCGAUUGCAAGGAUCCGCAUGGGAUAAAGGAAUCGCAGUUCGAACAGGCAAUGCCGCAGCUAUGAUAGGACAUCUCUUGGAGACACCUAUUAAUGUUUCAGAAACGGAUACCUUGGUUGUCCAGUACGAAAUUAAGUUGGACAAUUCUUUGACGUGCGGCGGUGCGUUUAUUAAGUUAAUGUCUGGUUUCAUGAAUGUUGAAGCAUUAAAACACUAUGCACCCGAUACAGAGGGUGUCGAGUUAGUUUUUGGUCCGGAUUAUUGUGCUCCUGAAAUAAAUGGCGUGCAAUUUGCCAUCAAUAAGGUUGACAAGAUCACACAUGAAUCUAAACUAAGAUAUUUGCAAGAGAUGCCCCUGUCAAAAUUAACUGAUACCUCGCAAUCUCAUCUGUAUACGCUCAUAAUAGAUGAAUCAGCGCAGUCUUUUCAAAUUCUUAUAGACGGUAAGACGGUUAUGGUAAGAGAACAUAUCGAAGACAAGAAAAAGGUCAAUUUUGAGCCACCCAUUACACCGCCUUUAAUGAUUCCUGAUGUUUCAGUAGCGAAACCGCAUGAUUGGGAUGAUCGCAUCCGAAUCCCAGAUCCUGAGGCGGUGAAGCUCAGUGAUCGGGAUGAACGAGACCCAUUGAUGAUUCCACAUCCAGAUGGCACUGAACCACCAGAAUGGAACAGCUCCAUCCCCGAAUACAUUCUUGACCCAAAUGCUCAAAAGCCCUCGUGGUGGAAGGAACUUGAGCACGGGGAAUGGAUACCGCCCAUGAUUAAAAAUCCUCUUUGCACUGCAGAACGUGGUUGUGGCCAGCAGAUACCAGGGCUGAUAAAUAAUGCCAAGUACAAAGGUCCAGGCGAACUCAAUGAAAUCAUAAAUCCCAAUUACAUGGGGGAAUGGCAUCCACCGGAAAUUGAAAACCCGCUAUACUACGAAGAGCAGCACCCAUUGCGCAUCGAAAACGUUAUCAGUGGUGUGAUCCUCGAGUUUUGGAGUGGAUCUCCAAACAUGUUGAUAAGCAACAUUUAUGUUGGUAAAAAUGUAACAGAGGCGCAAAUUAUUGGGAAUAAGACUUGGCUGAUGAGAGACCGCGCGUUUAGAGGCUCCGAUGGCCCCACAGAACGCAAAUUCAUGAAUAGCAGACUAGGAAAUCUACAAACAACUUUCCAUAACGAAAGAGAAUCCCCUAAUCCAUUUGACCGCAUUAUAGAUCGCAUAUUAGAGCAACCUCUGAAAUUUGUGCUUACUGCGGCCGUCGUGCUCUUGACGACGUCGGUUCUUUGUUGUGUAGUAUUUACAUAG